UCUCAGCUUCGAGGUCUAGUAUCAGUAGUCCAUCAGGCCAAAAAGCUUCAGGACGACCUCCACCCUUCUCAAUGUCCACCGAAAGGCCUCGUGCUUCUCCUGGAUCCACUCUGUCUGUUGGAUGCGGUCGCAAGCUGAAUUCGGAUGUUGAGCUUCUUGUUAUUAAAGCUGUUUUCGACAGCAGGACGUCGCGAUCCUCUGACCUGUCGGCAUUGAGUCUCGCCUGCAGCGAAUUCUAUGGUGUAGUGGCUCCUAGACGCUGGCGACACGUCAAAUGGCCCAAGGUGAAAGCCAUCAAGGGGGAAGCUGUCGGUGACAAAACAGAGAGAAUCAUCGAUCCUCUCCCAACCUCUAUCUUAGGUCUAGUCAGGAAUUUAUACCUUUUCUAUGAACAGGACAUCCAUUCGAGCGUCGAGAAUUCAGAAGCGUCAUGGGUGUCGUUAACAAAGAGCCUUGCCGACAUGUCUAAUUUGGAAGCGGUGGCUUUCAAUCUGCCGACACCACCGCCUGUACCUGUUGUGGACGCCCUUUAUGCUCUCCCCAAUCUGAGAACCUUCGAAUCCAUGUCCACACCACUACACUUCCAGCACACUGUAUCGCAUCCCGCAUCCAUUCGGCGGCUCGUACUGCAACGUCCAAUAGCGGGCCUCAACAUCGACAACUCGACCACGGGAUUCCGAAUUGAUCCCAUCAUCCCCUUCACCAUGGGGUUCACGAGCGAUCCUACUACAUACCUACCCCGCGAUAAUCACGCCCAACACCAAUUUGAAAGGUCGCUUAGGACUUCUCGCGCACAAGAGGAGCUCCUUUUCGCACACUCCACAAUCUGUGCGACCUUGCGGGAUCUCCAUCAUCUUGAGCUGGACAUCGAAUUGUUCGACUUUGACGUACUAGGCGAGGCGCGGUUUCCCAAUCUCGUCACUCUCAUAUUCCACGGGACUUCGUCAGUCUCCUCCUCCUCCUCGCUCCUCAAACUCAAGGGCAUGCGUGCCCUUCGGGAAAUCAGCUUCGUUCUCAGCCUCCCCUCGAAUUCUCCCAGCAACUUUCACGUACUUCCUCCAUUGUCUGACGAGUACUCGUCGCGGGCCACUGUGGACCUCGUAUCGGAGUUGUUUCCGGAGUUGCAGGUCUUCCGCACCUCGAAUCCCGUUCCGGACGACACCAUCUAUUAUACUCUCCCAGACACAGUACGUGGCAUCCACUUCAAAAGCAUCAUACCGGCCAUGCGCGCGCCUACCGUCCCGCAUACAGGAGCGAUGGACGAAGCUGGUCUUGUGAAGAUCUUGGAGGCACUGAACGUCAGGCGAAGACGCUCGAUUACGGAUCUUAGUGUCAUACUCCAGGUUGUGUUGACGCCGACACUUCUUUCUUUCAUCGUCGGCACAUUCCCAAACUUGGAGACUCUCCAGAUCAAAGCACCGUUCAUCGACGAAGGCGGGGCGCAGUCAGCAUUCUUCUCAUUGACCGACUACACGGACGCACUUCGUCCGCUCCGCAACCUCAAGCACCUUCGCCUCUCAUUGCGUUCCUCGGGUAUUCACUCUCAAGAUGGCCAUGGAUCAAUACACGAGCCCGUAGACCCCCGAGAGCAUCGUAUCAUCAAGUACAUGGCCAAGGAACUCAGUCCUUUCCUGCACACUAUUGGACUGUAUCGCCAAUUUUCCGCAACUCUGGGGAGUCAUCGUAUAAGGACGUCUAGGGCACCCGUACGAGACUACGUAGGAUGGUGCGAUUAUCAUAUCAUCAGGAAGGAUGGAAGGAUCUGGGAUGUGAGGCCGUCGUGGCCCAAGUCGCUAGAAGAGACGAGGGAGAAGACUCAUUGGCUCCAUUCGCUGUAG